AUGCCACUCAAAGCCAAGCGAACUACGACUGCUGAUAGUACUACUACUACUAAUACUGACAGUCAUCAUAGUAGUAGUAGUAAUAGUAAUAGUAGUAGUAGUAAUGGUGGCCGCAUCAGCCAGCUCGUCCAGCAGCAAGGCAGACCAAGAGCAGCAGGGCUCCUCGCUCCAGCAGCAGCACCCGCCAUGCCAAUCUUUGAAACAAACAAGAUCGUUCUAGUCAAGUUGGAUGGACAUUUCUGGCCAGCUCAGGUUCUUCCUCCAAAUGCUCAUUCGAACAAGUCAAGUAGUCCACCGAUUGCGGUUUGCCGUAUGAUUGACAGCGCGCCCAAACCUCCUCAACCCGUGUUCAUCACCAAUGCAGCUGAUAUCAAGCCUUUUCACGAAGAUUUGAUCGGCACCCUUCGUGCCAGUUUCAUACAAGCCAUGCCGCACAACAAAACCGAGCACAUCCGCUACUCUACCUCGCUUAGCCUUGCGAAAGACCGCUUGCAACAAGGUUUACUCGCGCAGACUUUUGAUGCACCUGGCACAAGCAACCAGCCCGAGCCUGCAAAAGCCUCGCAAACUCUCCUUGCAGCCAGAAGCUCGUCCGGCUCUUCGUUUCCCUCCACGCUCUUCGUUUCCCUCCACGUCCGAAUCGUCUCUGGAUCCAAAGCCACAGCGAAAAACUGCAAGCCUGGCGCAGUUUACACAUAUACAUCCGCCGAGGAGCAGCGAGCCCUUCGCAGCCGGCCGCCCCUCGUCCUAUCCAAGUCCAUGUUUGAUACCCCAGUGCAGGCUUCCAAGUCCAAGGCGAAGAUCGAAGUGAUUGAUACCCCAACAACUCUCGAGCCAGACCAGUCCAAGCCAAAGGUCGCAGCAAUCGACUUUGCGCAAAGUCCUCGCACUUCACAAGCAAGCGGACGUUCCACAGUACAUCGGGAUGUGAUUGAGCCUAACAGCUUGGAAGAAGAAGACAAGCCUGCGGUUCGGCAGUUGCGACAGCGCACCAUCGCUUCACCCAACGCAAAGUCUCCAGCAUCCCCGAAUCCUCGCGCAAAAAGCGCUUCCAGUCCAACUCUUGCCAUUUCCAAACGAAGGGCGAGCGAAAUGGAUGCCGAGGGGCCAGGCCCUUCCCUGCGAGUGUCGGCCGCGGAUGUGACCGACGUAGUGAGCAGUCAAGAGGAGCCAAGGUCGAGGCGCGCUCUAGCCAGCAGCCAGAGUCCUGGCGAUGAUUCACAAGGGAGUCGUCAACGUGGACUUUUCAACUCUGCCGCGGAUGGUACUGAGAUCAGAAAGUUGCGCCAGCGUGUCGCAUCACCCGAGACCAAGUCGUCGCAUGCCAGAGUAGCUUCCAACCGUGGUGCUGGUGGCGCUUCCAAGCGAUAUACCAGCGAGUCGGAUGCAGACGCCGCCAAUAUCUCCGCCCGCGCGUCCGUGGCCAAUGUCGCGAGCAGCAGCCAGGAGGACUCUAGUUUUAAUAGCGCUAAGGUGAACAAACCUGGCCGACAAAGCCAAGCACAGGUGAGCCUCAGCCGCAACGGUGAACUUCCCGUGGUACCCGACGACAGUGCAGAAAGUCCAAGUGGCAAGCGAUCAACUCGGGCAAAUCCAGGGCCAGUUGCUGCACCCCAGCCUUCGUCAACAGCUGGCAAGAAGCAACAUCAAACAUCCAAACCAACGCAGCAACCAAAACUUGACACUUUCUUUUCGUCAGCGGCUGCAAAGCCACUGCCAACAUCGGUCAAAGGGCGCACCGCUUCCAAAGAGCACACCGAUGCUGCCAACAACCCAGACAAGUCACCAAAGACAAAGCUCGAAGUGUUUGAUUUUGACGAGCAACCGUCUCGAGCAACCCAUGCGCACCGCCCAACCAAUACAUCCAUCCCUCGUCCGUCAGUAGUCCGUUCGAUUGCAGCGGACUUUUUAGAGCCAGAUUCGACGCCAGCUGCAGUGGCAGCAGCUUCUGCUUCCGUCUUGCGUUCUAUCGCCCUUUCAGCACAAGAAACAGUGUCGACAACUGCUGCUGCUGCUGCUGCUGCUGCUGCUGCUGGACCGAGCGAUAAGGCGCUGCCUCCCGCUCGGAAAGUUCUCAGACUUGAUCCACAUGUGGAGCCAAGCUCUUCUCCCCCGAGCUCGAGUGGAGAUUCGGCUGCUUUUGAAACUCGCUUGCGAUCUGGAGUAGUCCGACAGCAGUUUGACGAUGAGGACGAAGACGGGGACCUUCCGUCAUCGUCUGGUCCGGUAGACGACGAUUCGGAUGACGAACUCCCGGCUGUCCAACUAUCGCACCAGUCUACGACCGACUUCCGGCCUGGCACGGUCGUUUGGGCAAAGCGCCGCCUGGACUUGAUGCUCAACCGCUUCAUUUGGUGGCCUGCCAAGUACAUUUCACGUCUGAAGGCACAGAAAUUGCACGAAUGCAACUUGUUCACUGGAAACCUGUCAUUGACGGACAAGCCUCUGGAGAAACGGGCCAAGUUUAUCUCUGUGAAACCGUACAAAUGUACCGAUCCGGAUGACCCAGACACGCCUGCUGCUUACCGUGAAGCGCUAGCCCGAGCCAGAAAAGCGGCGGAGAAGCUUGCCGUUGGGACGGCUAGUAUCGAUCAAAGCUCUCCGAUGAAGCAGCGCUUCUUUGCCAAGGCGGCUUCGGACGACGAGGAUGACCCUAUGGACACCGACCAACAAGCCGAGGAAUUGUCAGAUGACGACGACAACAACGGCAACACUGUCCAGCCAUCGGCCGCUGACGCACGCGAUAGAAACAUCAAGACCUUUGCCAAGGAAAUACUGCCUCAUAUUUGCAAAGUUGCAGACGGUGGUUUUUCGUAUUGGCGAGACGAGUACGCCAAGGGUGACGACUCUCGCCCGCCUGCUUCUGGACCAGUGCCCGACAGUGUCGUACUGAAGUUGCUCUCCCAUUUCGAGGGCGACCGAAAGCUGAUGUCGCGGCCGCCGUGCCGAGACCAUAGAUUUUUGACACAUGUGAUCGUGCCGGAGGCAGUGCUGCAGCUGAUCUCGCAACGCGAUGGUAUCAGCGAAGAAGCGGCCUUCCAAAAAAUGAAGAGGCCUCUCUCUCAGGAGGAGGCUCAUGCUCUGUUCCAGGUCACGGAGCGCCAAAUAUUGAGAGGCCCAACGGCAAUGGCAGUCGAGUAG